AUGGCGACCACGUCAAACCAUCUGAGCGUGGUCCUUGAGUUGAAAAAUAAAAAUGUUUCUCUAUCUUCGUUGAAGCAGCUGCUCGUAUUUAUUAAUUUGCAUUUAAGUAAUUCCGACUUGAAUUCAGCCUCGGUGCACCUCAAUAAUAAGAUUCUUUUCGAUACGCACGAAGAUGACGCAAACUUCAGCCAGCUCUCUGAGGUGUUUGUGGAGUGUGUGCGGGAUUUCUAUCGCACGGAUAAACCCGUCAAAGCCACGCUAGCCACCACUCUCGCCCAGUCGCUCUGCCACAUCAACCGGAAGCUAAACGAAGCCAGCGCCAGCUCAGACUCCCCCCACUCCUUCCGCAUUCUCGUAAUCACUACCUCCGAUGAUGUCCCUUCACACUACGUCAGCCUCAUGAACUCGAUUUUUGCUGCACAAAAAGCUAAGAUACUCGUCGACGUGUGCGAGCUGUAUAACAGCAACACCAUCUUCCUUCAACAGGCAGCGCAUCUCACCGGCGGUAACUACAUACAAGUCAAGUACAUUGAUAGCCUCAUCCAGUAUCUCAUCAUGGCUUUCCUCCCAAACCACGCCCUCAGGCAUAAGCUCGUCCAGCCACGCUCUGACAAGGUCGAUUUCAGAGCUGCCUGUUUCUGCCAUAAGCGUAUCGUGGAUAUGGCUUACAUCUGCUCUGUCUGUCUUAGUAUUUUCUGCCAUCCCCCACAACGCUGCUCGACAUGUGACAGUCCGUUCCCUGUGCAUACGCUAACUAAAUUUGGAGCUCACGGUAUGUAA